AUGAAGUGGCUGUGUAUUUUCAUGUUGAUAGUAUUGCUGACAGUAGCCAACUGUUUACAUGAUCUGAUGUGGAACGGUGUCUUUAUCAGUACAACAAUGCCAUUCACUUCAUUUUAUGUGAAACAUCAUUCAAUGAUUAGUGGUGAGAAUACAAGAUUGAAAACCUAUACCUUGAGUAAUGAUUCCAAGUCGUGUCUAUAUUACAUUGGUAUCGAAGGAGUGCUUAAAGCUUCAUUUGCUGUUUCAAUUGUCAACGUAUACGGGGAUAAGCGGCUACAGUAUCGGAGGACGAACGAGAAUCGCACAUUCAGCAGAAUUUGA